AUGUCGUCGUCCCUGCCGUCGGACCAACAGGGCAAUCCCUCCUCGAGGCAUGCUCGCUCGAGCAGUGCCGAGCAGGACAACGGCCCGUUGUCCAACCUGAACCUCGGGUUCCUCAAGGGCCUUACCGAGAAAAAGGCGACACGAGAUGGCCAACCGCCCAAGCGCCGGGGGCCGAAACCCGACAGCAAACCCGCCAUGACGAGGCGGCAGGAGCUCAACAGACAAGCACAGCGAACCCAUCGCGAGAGGAAAGAGCUCUACAUCAAGGCGCUCGAGGACGAGGUCCUGCGGCUCAAGGAGGUGUUCAGCAACAUGUCGCAGGACAAGGACAAGGUCGCAGAAGAGAACAAGCAACUCAGGCAGCUCCUGACCCAGCACGGCAUACCGCUCAGCAGCGUCGGCCUCGACGACAGCGUCAGUAACCCCAGCGGCGGCUACACUGCCAGCGCCAGCCCCUCCGGCUACAGCCAUACUCACGGCUCUCGCUCCAUUUUCACCCCGCCCCUGACGUCGAAAUCCACCACCGCCUCCGUGUCGCCUUCGUAUGCGCCCAACAGUGGCAGCUCCCACGGCAACACGCCCAGCGGCCAGCAGCAACAACAGUAUCCUCAACAUGGCACGUCCCAACACCUGCAGGGACAGUACGGUUUUCCCUGUGAAGAUGGAGUCAACGGCAGCCGUAUUCGCCAGUUGCGUGGUACGGUCAGGCCCAUGGCGACGUGGGAGCUGUCCAAGGCGGAUCUCGGGACGCUGCUCGCCCUCAGCAAGAGGCUUAAUCUAGAUGGCGAAAUCACUCCCGUCAUGGCGUGGGGCAUGGUCAUGGCUCACUCGAGGUUUUACGAGAUGAAGGCCGAGGACUUUGCCAAGCUGACGGAGGAGCUGAGUACUAAGAUUCGGUGCUACGGGUUCGGCGCUGUUUUGGAGGAGUUUGAGAUUAGAGAUGCUUUGGAGAAUGUCAUGGGAGCUUACCCUUGA